AUGGGGGCCAAGCAGUCCAGCGAUGUCUCCAAGAAAAAGGACCCCAAGGGAAUAUUGCUGGCAAAAAAGAGACAGAAGUUUUCUCAGUGGGAUGAUGUCCUUGUGGGAAAGGACCCAAGGUCACUGCUGAAGAGGGGCAUGAGGCAUAUCAGCUUCAGUUUGGUCACCAAGGGAAUGACUGACAUUCCCGACUUUCUGUGGGGGCUGUCUGAGAUCCAAAAGCUCAACUUGUCUCAUAACCAGCUCAUGGUGGUCCCGGCAGAGGUGGGAAAACUGACGAGGAUCGUGGUGCUGAAUCUGUGUGGGAAUCGUAUAAAGAGCCUGCCCAAGGAAAUUGGGCUACUCAGGAGCAUGAAGGUUCUGUUUGUAAACAUGAAUUGCCUGACAGAGAUGCCACCCGAGCUGAGCCUCUGUAAAAGCCUGGAAGUUUUGAGCUUGUCCCACAAUUACAUCUCCCACCUCCCCUCCAACUACUCAGAACUUUCUGGAUUGAGGAAAUUGAAUCUGAGCAACAACUGCUUUGCUCACAUCCCCAUCUUCGUGUUCUCACUGAAGGGGUUAGAUUUCCUUCACGUGGGCUCCAACCGGCUGGAAAAUAUUGCGGAGAGCAUCCAAAGCCUGGUAAGCUUACAGAUCUUCAUCGCCGAAAACAACAAUAUCCACUCCUUCCCAAGGUCCCUCUGCUUAGUUACAACACUUGAGCUGCUGAACUUGAACAACAAUGAUAUCCAGACACUACCUGAUGAACUCCACCUGCUCAGUCGAUUGGACAGGAUCGCCUGGAAUCCCAUGGACAAAGGACUGCAUAUUUCUCAUAACCCUCUCGCCAAGCCUCUGCCAGAUCUGGUGGAGGGGGGUCUGGACCUGCUCUUCAGCUACCUGAAAGACAAAAAGCAUAGCUGA